AUGUCAGCCCAAGAUAUCCGACUGCGCCUCGCCAUUCGGCGACACGGCGUGCCGGAGAUCAAGCUCGUCUGGCCGUGUGCUUGCUCCUCAGACACGACCAUUGCCAAACUGCUGACCCAGGUCAACGAGGUGGUGCCAUUGGAGAGCAGCGAAUGGGGGCUAGAGGACUAUGCGGUCGAGCUUUUAGAUGACAAGGGAGGGAGCUACGAGUGUCUGCAUUUCCAGCUGGUUCCGCAGAUUUUGAAGGAUGAGGACCAUGUAGUAAUCCGGUCCCUUUUGUCAGACGACAUCCGAAGACGCCGGCUCAGCGGACGGCAUCAGAUUUCAACAGACGGCAAGCAUCUUGUCGAUGGGCUGGCAUUUGGGCGACCGUGGCUGCGAACACCUCGCGAUCGGCCGGCUUUUGAGCUGCCUCCCCGUAAAAGAGCGCGAAUUGAACACCAGGACAUGGCUGAGCAGGAGCAGGAGCCAGAGCAGUUGCUCCUAGAAGGGCCGCCUCGACCUGACGAAGCUCACGACGGUCGUCUGCAAUCCAUCUUGGUCAACGGGGGUGGAGAUCUUGACGACUCGGAGGACCAAGAUGAUGAAUUUGAACCUGAUCAGGACACUGAGCAGAGUGUGUCUGGGGAUGGUGAAGACGAUGUUGGCGUCGACUAUUCGCCAGGGGCGUUGGUUGAGGAGCUUCGGCUUCUAGACGAAGACGAAGACAGUGGUAACAACCAGUCGGCUUCCAACGAACCCACUUUGGAACAGCUAGGUGUGCUUCGGAUGGCAUUCCCUCUUUUAUCGUUCUCGAUAAUCGAAAAGGAGCUUUUUCGACAAAAGCAAAACUUGAGGAAGACAUAUGAUACGCUACUAAGGUCGACUGCCCCAAGCCUUAGCUUUGACGAUAUGAUGGAUCGGAUGGUUACAGGGCUCUUGGAGCAGCAUGAAUCCUCGCCCGUGCAGCCCGUAAUGCCCUCUCUCUUUCGUCAUUCACGACCAGCUUCGAAGCCUCUUAUUGAGGAAGUAGACAGCAAUGGCUCCGAUACGUCAACUUCAGGGUCAAGCUACGACGGUAGUUCUGAUCCCGCCGACGACGAGCAUGACGAGGGCGAUUCGGGCUAUGAGGACACCAGUGACUCUCCGGAUGAGAGCUCGGACGGCGAUAGUGACGAUUCAUCCGAUGACAGUUCAAGUGAUUCAGACGAAUCCGAAUCCGAGCCCCAGCCUGGGUCUAAGCCUGUACCAGAGGCUCCGCGGCCUCAGGAGGCAUUGGUCAAAAGUGAGGGAACCGCGCCUCACGAAGGCCUCUCAAGAACACAAAAACGCAAUGCUCGACGGAAACGGGCCAGGCUCUUGGGUCGGCAAGAGGAGGUUGGGACGCCAGGAUUUGACGACGCAGAGCUUCUGGCUCGGAAGGAGGCUUUGUUGGGCGCCCUGUCCGAGGAUGCUUCCCUGGAGACCACAAGUGAGCCGAUCUUGGCCAACGGCAAAUCGACACAGACACCAGAAAACCCUCGCAGCGAGACGUUACCCGACAGUAACGAUUCGGCAGGACGGCGUGCUCGAGUGGACAUGGGGGCGGGGAGAAGAAUGCUAUUUGGGGCGUUGGGGCUCAAGAACCCCAAGUCCAAAGCCGACGAAGAGCGCAUCAGGGAGGGGCUUCUGAAGGAAGUCAAGGUUUUGCAUAAUCCCAGAAUCGUCCAAGUUGUCGAUAGCGAAGACACGGAGAAACCUAGCGAGGACAACGCCAACCCUGACGCAUGGCAAUCCAAGAUUACGUAUCGGGCGGUGGAAUGUUGCCACGAGGGCAUGGUGCUGUCGGAGCCUCCAUUCCCCUUUGUUCAACGAUGGGACCCCCAACAACAAUACGGAUCCAUGCGCAAACGAAAGCGGGAAUCUCAAGCUUACUAUGACGACUCUUAUGCCGAGGAAGGCUCGGGCGUGUUUGAAGAGGAGGCAGACGCAAUCGACGCAAAAAGCAACUCAAAAACGAAGCAGCCCGCAAGACGUCGGGAUCCGUUUGGCACCCAUGUGAAUGGGGUGGAAGAGGCUCCUACCAAUGGCGAUGGCGUCGGUGAUGUGGAAGUUGAAGAUCUGCCCGCAUUGCCCGAAGAUAUAGGCAGCCUUGCCACGCUGGAGAAGGGCGGCGCCAAGGAAGGGAUGGUGAUUACGUGGAAGCAGUGCAUCAUGUCGAAAGCAACACAGUGGCAGCCCGUGAUUGCUUCCGUCACCGGAGAGGUCCUCCCCGGGGGUACCGAGUCUAGUCUGGAAGUACGACUGGCGUUUAGGGAUCGUGAGCUCAAGGAGAAGGUUUUCGAUGAGAAGGGCCAGCGGGUAUAUGAUAAGUUUGAGGUGCCUGAUUUUGAAGAGGACGAAGAAGAGGCGGAUGACGGACACCGGACUAUUGGCUGGGGCGAGAUGAUUGAGCCCAAGAUUCUUCAGGCCACGUCGCCGCGUACGGAGGGAGCGCGGGAUGAAUGA